AUGGACAAAUAUGAAAAAAUACGGGAUAUAGGAAAAGGAAACUAUGGGAAUACAAUACUCGUUAGGGACAAAAAAAAUGAUCAUUAUGUAAUGAAAAUAAUAAACAUCUCCCAGAUGUCCCAAAAGGAAAAAAGGCAGUGUUUGAAGGAAGUUGAACUACUAUCAAAACUAAACCACCCGUUUAUAGUAAAGUAUAUAGAAAGCUACAUAGAGGGAGAUACACUCCGAAUUGUUAUGAAAUAUUGUAAAGGUGGAGACCUAUACCACUAUAUUCAAAAUAAGAAGAAACAAAAUACACCUAUAAAAGAAAAGCGUAUAUUAAUUUGGUUCACUCAAAUUCUAACCGCUUUAAAAUUUCUUCACUCAAACCAUAUUUUGCACCGAGAUAUGAAGUCGCUGAACAUUUUAAUAGACAGCGACAAGAGAGUACGACUGUGCGAUUUUGGAAUUUCGAAGGUUUUAGAAAAUACCUUAGAUUAUGCCAAUACGUUAAUAGGUACCCCUUAUUAUUUAAGCCCAGAAUUAUGUAAAGACAAAAAAUAUAGCUGGCCUUCAGAUGUAUGGGCUACUGGUUGUCUCAUUUAUGAGUUAGCCACGUUCAGAACUCCUUUCCAUUCGACCAAAGGGAUUCAACAGUUGUGCUACAACAUAAGAUAUGCCCCGAUACCCGAUUUGCCAAAUAUAUACUCGAAAGAACUCAAUAACAUUUACAAGAGUAUGCUAAUAAGAGAGCCAAAUUACAGAGCCACCGUUCAGCAAUUAUUAGUUUCUGACAUUGUUCAGAUAUUAAUUGAAGAGAAAAUAAGAGAAAAACAAAGCAUGAAAAAGCCGUUAAAAGAAAAGCCCGCAAUGGACAAUGACAACUCGGGAGCAAACGAACAGGAAGUUAAAACACUACUACUAGAUGUUAUAGACACGUAA